AUGUCUUUUUUCGACCUGUGCCAGAACUGGUUGUCUAGCUAUACUGGCAAAGAUAGGGUAGUUGUUUUAUUGGGUACUGCUGCUCUCUUGUGGUCUAUAUGGAAAACAAGGAACAAAUCCAGUUUUCAAAGUGUCAUGCCUACAGAUCCUACUGGCAUUAUCUUUCUUGUUUGUUCCCUAAUUGACUCUUGGAAAAAUCUGCAGAAAAGAGGGGUACAAAACAUGCUGCAUCAGGUGUCUAGACGGAUCGUGAGGGUGACCCGUGAUGUCUUCAGAGGUGGGCAUGGUUUGGCGCCGCAUGUGAGAAGGAUCUUGUGA